GUCCGUACAGUGCCGCCUACACGACACACCUCCGGCUUGUCGCACCUGCAGCCGUGCACGCUACCGCUACCGGGUGCUCUCCGCAUCCCGUCCGGAGGCCUUCCGAGGCGAUCUAACACCUCAGCAUCAUGACUUUGAAUCCACAAGAUGUAUAUAUAGCACCCAGUAGCGUCCCUGAACAUUCAGCAUUUCACAAGACAUCACUCUCACAGUCCCAUCACCUGGGGUUGCACCUACGUUUCGGUCGCUGCUAACCCCUCUUACUCCAAUACAUCUACUACCAACACACACCGAGCCUCAACACCAUGCCAAAGACAGGCGUCCUGAUAGUCGGCUCGGGCUCUGCAGGCAUAUUCGCCGCAACCUGGCUGGCGAUCUACAACAUCCCCUUCACAAUCCUCGAGCGGCGUCCUGGGCCCCUGGAAAUUGGACAAGCAGACGGUGUCCAAGUGCGCACCGUCGAGAUCUACGACUCCUUUGGACUGGCUGAAGACCUGCUCCGAGAAGCGUACCACAUUUACGAAGUCUGCUUUUGGGGUGUCGAUGAUGAACAGGAGUACGGCGGUAUCACGCGGAAGAGCAGGAGUAUCGACACAGAGACAGGGUUGAGCCACCUGCCGCAUGUAAUCCUCAAUCAAGCGCGGAUGAAUGGAUUGAUGCUGGGCAAGAUGGAGAAGAUUAUGAAAGAGAAGGGGACAUGGAAGGAAGGUAGUGCAAAUGGGAUCAAAUAUGGAUGGACAGUUACCGGCAUCGAAGUCGACCAAUCCACCGUCGCAGACCCAGACGCGCACUGUGUCCGCGUUUCCGCGACCAAAGACAGCGCACACGAGACCUGGGAAGCGAAAUACGUCCUGGGCUGCGACGGCGCACACUCAACCGUCCGCCGCUCCCUCUCCUACACCAUGCUCGGCGACUCCACCGACACAGUCUGGGGCGUCAUGGACAUCUACCCGGUGACGUCCUUCCCCGACAUCCGUCGGAAAUGCACUGUCCACUCGCGCUCGGGCAACCUUAUGAUCAUCCCCCGCGAAGGUGGCUCCCUAGUGCGCUUCUACAUCCAGCUCCCUGCGGGCGCAUCGCCAAAAGACGUCAAAAUCGAAGAUCUGCAGAGCCAGGCAAAAGCCAUCUUCGCGCCGUACCCAAUGGACUUCGCCGAGACGUUCUGGUGGAGCGCGUACAGCAUUGGUCAGCGCCUUGCCGAACAGUUCCACAAGGAUAUGCGCGUAUUCCUCACCGGCGACGCAUGCCACACGCACUCCCCCAAGGCAGGCCAGGGUAUGAACGUCAGUCUGCAGGACGGAUACAAUAUCGGUUGGAAACUGGGCUCCGUCCUGUCCCACCUCUCCCCCCCGUCAAUUCUGCAGAGUUACGUGCAGGAGAGGAGCAAAACGGCGGCCGACCUGAUCGCGUUCGAUAAAGAGCUGAGUCGGUUGUUCAGCAGGAAGGAGGAACGGGAGGGCGAAUUUGCCGCGUAUUUCACAAAGAGUGGGCGGUACAUGGCUGGAUUUACGAGCAGGUACGAAGACAGUCUCGUCACGCGUUUGCAAGGAAGUCAAGAGCAGGAAGCGAGCAAGGUCGGGGUUGGUAUGCGGUUCCCCAGCGCCCAGGUUAUUCGGUUCUGCGAUGCAAAGCCCGUGCAGUUGCAGCCCGUGUGCAGGAGCGAUGGGCGGUGGAGGCUCUUCGUGUUUGCGGGGGACGUUAGGCGAGUGCAGUGCAGGGAGAGAUUGAAUAAGUUUUCGAGGUCGAUUGAGCACACAAUUCAGCGCUUCACUCCGCCAGAAGGACAUCCUGAUGCUGUCAUCGAGCCGAUCCUCGUCCUUGCUACCAGGUUGAAGGAAACUGAGCAGAACAUGGUUCCGGAUGUGUUCAGUCCAAAGACCGGAAAGUGGGGUAUCAAGGAUGUACACAAAACGUAUGUCGAUGACGAGCACUAUAAUGCUGGACAUGGCCAUGCGUACGAGCAGUAUGGGGUGGAUGAGGGGAAAGGCGCGGUGGUUGUUGUUCGACCAGACCAGUAUGUUGCGAAGGUGCUGGCUUUGGAGGAUGCAGUAGGCGUGGAGACAUUCUUCGAGGGCUGUCUGUUAGAGCAGAGGGCUAUGGUGAAUGAGUCGAGCAAGCAUUGAGCUGCCUACACAUCUCUCCAGCUUCCCACCUCUAUCCCGGGUCUAGAAGUUGUCCCAAUGCACACCCCUCCCUUUUUAUUUCGCCAACUCAACUUGCGUGCUCGGGCUGGUACUAGGAAUAGUUAUGGCCGGAUUAAUGAAGCUGGGAUUAGAGAAAUUGUCUGUUAUGUCUGAGACUUUGAGUUGGGGGAGCAAAGAGAGAAUGCAUUUUACGACGAAAUUCCCGUUGUUAUCGGAGAGGAUUGUGAAUGUCGUG